UCAUCAUCAUCAUCAUCAUCAUCAUCAUCAUCAUCAUCAUCAUCAUCAUCAUCAUCAUCAUCAUCAUCAUCAUCAUCAUCAUCAUCAUCAUCAUCAUCAUCAUCAUCAUCAUCAUCAUCAUCAUCAAACUAUCAUCAUUAUAAUCAACACAUCAUCGCUGUCAUUAUCAUAAUCAGCAUUACCAUUAUCAUCACCCUCAUCAUCAUUAUCACCAAACAUCGUCAUUAUCAAUCAUCAUAA